AUGAGCAACCAAGAAACACUCGCCUCUGAUCCCAAAGUCGUGUUCGACGUCGAUAAAGGACUCCGAGUCUCCAUCUCGCGACCGGGGUUUGGAAAGCUGAAGUUGGACAAACUCCCAGUCGACUAUGAACGAUAUCUGAUCAAGAGCGAUCCCGAAUUCGUUAACCACAAUAGCAAGAAGAGGGCGUCUUCGGCAACAGACAAUCCCGAGAAGCUGGUCGCCGCCGUCGUGCCUGCGUCUAAUCACAAAUCGCCCUCGAAGGUGCAGCAGCGUUCGACGUGGAUCGCCACACGUGCCACUCAACUUCGCUGGUUCUCCAAGCCGGGCUUCCCCAAACCUCUGCCUCCGAUGAAGCCCAAAUGCGCUGUGAAGGAAACGUCGGAUGGCAUGGGGCUGGGCGUCUUCGCUACCCAGGACAUAUCGCGAUACGACGUCGUCCUCGUGGAGCGUCCGUUCCUUGCCACGCCUCUUUCGCUUAGCCAUCUCGGUCCUAUCACCAACGAAGCGUACGGGCGGCUGACCACCAACCAGAUCAACCAGCUCAUGCUCCUCAAUGCGGAUGCGUAUUUAGAGAAGGUGUUUGACAAGACCAUGUCGGACGAGGAUCGUGUCGAGUUCAUGGCCCUUGGGAACUCGCACACCGAGGACGGGAGCGGCCCUAUCAUAGGUAGAAGCAGGACGAAUGGAUUCGCCUUGGAAUUUGGCUGCUCUUCCACGGAUAACGAGUUCUAUAGGACCGGAUACACCUUCGUCACGAGGAUCGGUAGUCGCUUCAACCACAGCUGCAUCACCGACGUGAAACAAUCGUUCGAUCCCAUGACUUUUGCCGUCACCUUCCGAGCCGAAAGGGACAUCAAAGCGGGCCAGCAAAUCUUCCUCUCCUACACCUUGUUCAACCAGUCCAAGGCCGAGCGACAAGCCGACCUCGCCCCGUACGGUUUCGAAUGCAAGUGCCGCGCCUGCGUCAAUGCCACGCCCCAGAGCGACCAAUUGCGCAAGAUGUGUGGCGUUCUCAUCAGGAACUGGCAGCGCCAGUUGGAGAAUGUCUGGCUGAAGGAUCCGAAUCUCAAAGAGAGCGUCCUGGAGCCGAUCUUUGCGAUGAUGAAGAGGAUGGAGGAUGAGGGACUCGAUGAGUUGGAUACUGGGUAUUGGGAUCUGUUGGUCUUUCCGUACAAGGUUUAUGGGAAGCUGGGAAUGAAGAAGAAGGAGAUGGAGGCGCAAAUUAAGAUGUUCGAGCAUAGUUUGCCAUUGAUGCCCCCAGAGUACAAGUUGACGGCGCGUAACACGCUUGUUGCACUUCGAUCUCGCGUUGGUAGGAUGUAG